AUGGAUGGAGAAGGGGCUCACUCCAUGGAGGCUGAGCGCGAGAUGACUCGCCUCUGGCGCACCUUUAGAACUGUCUAUGAAUUGCUCGCAGACCGGGGCUACGAAGUUUCUGAUAAUGAGCUUGCGCUCCCACUAGCAGACUUCCGCGAAAAAUAUUCUGACCCUCUGGGCUUCGCCGACCGCACCAAAAUGAAAAUCCAAGCCCGACCCACCGAACUCAUGAAGAUGAAGUACACAGCUCUCCCCAGCAAAGCCAACCCCAACCCGCAACCCGACUGCGGCACCAUCUACGUGGACUUCUGCCCGGACGCCUCAGGUGUAGGCACGAAGCAAGUCCGCGCGUUCAACCACCUAGUCGACGAAAAUAACUUCCACACCGGAAUUUUCAUCACGCAGACACCCAUCUCCCCGUCUGCCGUGCGCCUUCUCAGUGGCGUCCCCGGCCGCAUCUGCGAGCACUUUCAGGAACAGGAUCUGCUGGUGAACAUCACGCGCCACGAGCUCGUGCCCAAGCACGUCCUUCUCAGCCCUGAGGAAAAGGCCCGGCUCCUGGAGCGCUACCGCCUCAAGGAAUCCCAGCUUCCCCGCAUACAGGUUUCUGACCCCGUUGCUCGGUACUUGGGCUUGCGCCGUGGGCAGGUUGUCAAGAUUAUUCGCAAGUCUGAGACUGCGGGCCGCUACGCUAGUUACCGGUGGGUUAUUUGA